UGACAGGCAUUUAAUAAGCAACUUUUAGCAGCUGAACAGGGAGCCAUUAUCAGCUAAAAUAACCAACAGGUGAGAAAACAAAAGAAGUCAAGAAGAAGACUCUCGUGGGGAUAUUUUUGUGGAAAAUUAUUUAAAAAGCCAGUAAAAGGUGUUGACAUUUGUAGUUUUUGUAACUGCUGUGAGGAACUGAUUGCACUACUGAACUGAAUCGUUUUGAGGGCAUUUCAACUCAGUCUGGCUAAAAAAGACGCAACUAUGUCUCUUGAGGUGAAGGAGAAGACGCAGGUGCGUGUUGUAUUUCUGGGAGCAGCAGGGGUAGGCAAGACCGCCCUGAUCAGACGCUUCCUCCAAGACUCGUUUGAGCCAAAACACAGACGCACCGUGGAGGAGCUGCACAGCAAGGAGUAUGACAUUGGUGGAGUCAAAGUCACGGUGGAGAUUUUGGACACCAGUGGCAGCUACUCCUUCCCUGCCAUGCGCAAGCUCUCCAUCCAGAACAGCGACGCCUUCGCUCUGGUGUACGCCGUGGACGACCCCGAGUCGCUGGACGCUGUCAAGAGCCUCCGAGACGAGAUCCUGGAGAUCAAGGAGGACAAGUACACGCCGAUCGUGGUGGUGGGGAACAAGGUGGACCGAGAGGAGGAGCGUCAGGUGUCGUCUGAGGAUGUGCUGGCGACCGUGGAGAUGGACUGGAACAACAGUUACCUGGAAGCUUCUGCGAAGGAGAACGCCAACGUGAUGGAGGUGUUCAAGGAGCUUCUGCAGCAGGUGAACCUUCCCAGCCGCCUGAGCCCGGCGCUCCGCAGGCGCAGGGAGACCUUUCCGAAAGACACCGACUUCCGGCCACCCAUGAACAAAACCAACAGCUGUAUUCUGUCGUAAUGAGAGGCAGAGGUUGGAAGCUGGAUGAGGAUGUAGAGGAAAUGUUGUGUAACUCAGUUCUGCUGGACAGAGAGAGUGAGGAAAAAAAGAAAAGAGACUGGAUUUCAUUCAUUAUCAGUUACAGAAAUGCCUGACCGACCCUGGACCAACAAAGACAAACAGUUCACAUCUGAGAGGAUGAGGAUGAAACCUAACCCUGGCCAUGUUAUUACUACUCAGCUGUUCAACUUAACGUGUUGUUGUUGCUGCUUUUCUUGGUGAUAUGCUGCUGAUGUUUAGAUCAAUUUAUUGCUUUUGAAUAAAAGAAAAAAAAAAACAACAUUUUGUAACAGACAAAGUGAAAACAGUCUCUGUGUCGUGUUCUGUAAAACUUGUAUUUCUCAUUUAUUAAUUUAAUAAAAACAUGUAGCACAUCAUAUGUUUACAAUUUUUAAUUUAAAUGUAUUUUUUAUUUUCUAUUGAGCAUGACAUGGCAUUUAUGUCUAUUCAAGUAGUAAAAUAAUAUUAAACUGUAAAUGAAUUUUUCUUUUUGGAAUUUAAAACCUUUUUUGUUGUCUUUUUAUAUAUAAAUAUCACCUAUACAAUACUUUUUUUAAUACUGUACCCACUUCUCCACUGUUCUGGCCAUGCAAUCUUGAUGUAAAUGUUAAAUAAAAGGAAACAGGACAA